AUGGCUUGUCAACAGAGUGGUUUUCAGCCGCCAACACUCGAGCUAAGAGUUGAAGCUCUGGGCGAGACUGAUAAUUUAAAUGAAGACAUUCGACUAGCUCUCACAGUUGCUAUCGAGGAUAGUUUUCCAGUGAUUCCGAAGCCAAGUGGGAGUGACUGGUUAAGUGUUCAGCAUGAAGACGGACAAACUGUUCAGCAAUUUCAAAGAACACCAAAGACUCGACCUACUACAAGAUGUCAUGUUAUAUCUAUUCAACCUAUCGGAGAUUUUAGCAGUCCACGGUCACCGGAUUUAGAUAUUGUUUGUGAAUUUUCUCGUCUCUUCUUUCCGGGAUGUGCAACAGAAUUAUUACCUUCAGUUGAAUUUGAUAAUAAAAUCAAAAAACGAAUUGAUCCCUUUAGUAAUCAACCACAGUAUUUAGUUGCUGGAAUUAUUGCCCAUUUGAAAAAACUACAACGAAAGCGUCAUAAUCGUCAAGAAUUAUUUUCUAUUGGAGUGACUAUGAGCGAUAUUUAUCCGCGACCCGAUUGGAAUUUUGUCUAUGGUUCAGCUUCAAUUGACGAUGGAAUUGGUAUCUAUUCAUUCGCUCGUCUUGAUCCAUUAUUUCCAUACUCGCUGUCAAAUUCAGCACAAAGACCUUGUACUGAACCAGAACGAGUGUUGAUAUUAAAACGUGCUGUUAGUACUUAUGUACAUGAAGUUAUGCAUCUAUUUGGAUUAGAACAUUGCAUUUAUUAUUCAUGUUUAAUGAAUGGCUGUAAUUGUGAAAGUGAAAUGGAUAGGCAAUUAUUAUAUCUUUGUCCGAUAUGUUUGAAAAAAAUGUAUUUAUCUUUUGGAAAAGAACGUUUUCGUAUUAAAGAAAUGUAUCAAGGAUUACUGGAAUUAUGUCGAAAAGUUGAAUUUCAAGAAGAAGUUCAUUGGUACGAAAAUCGAUUGAGACUGUUGAAUUUUAAUACAUAA